AUGCUUCUGUGGCGCAGGAUCAGGCGGAACUGGGACGUGCACAGCCCGCCUGGACCGUUCGCUUGGCCGGUCAUUGGGAACGCAGUAGAGCUUGGCAACACUCCUCACCUCUAUUUUUCUAGCAUGUCACGGAAAUAUGGGGAUGUCUUUCAAAUCAAACUCGGCUGCCGGGACGUUGUGGUACUGAAUGUUGACGCAAUUAGGCAGGCGCUCAUCAAAAAGGGAUUUGAUUUCGCAGGCAGACCGGACUUUGCCUCGUUUCAAUACGUUUCCAAUGGCGAUGGCAUUGCUUUUGGUACAUUUAGCGAAUGGUGGAAAGUGCACCGAAAAGUGGCCCAAUCUACUGUUCGGAUGUUUUCCAACCGCAACAUGCACACCAAAAAGGCCUUCGAAAACCACGUUGUCUGCGAAGUUAGGGAGCUGCUCCAUCUUUUCCUGGUAAAAACUAAAGAGCACCAAUAUUUCCAGCCGAUGACAUACUUGGUGGUAUCAACCGCUAACGUAAUGACAGCCGUGUGCUUUGGAAAGAGGUAUUCAUACGACGACGCUGAGUUUGCGCAAGUGGUGGGACGAAAUUAUCAAUUCACCCAAACAGUGGGGGCUGGAAGCAUCGUGGAUGUGAUGCCUUGGCUCCAGUAUUUCCCCAACCCAAUAAAAAACAUAUUUGAAAACUUUAAAGCGCUCAAUCAGGAGUUCAGUAAAUUUAUCGUUAGUAAAGUUGUCGAGCAUCGAAAGACCAUUCAGUCAAGCACCAUCCGGGACAUGACAGAUGCUUUCAUCAUGGCAUUAGACCAUUCUCAGGACAGCUCGCCAAGGGUCUCACCAGGCAAAGAUUAUGUACCACCCACCAUCGGUGAUAUUUUUGGAGCAAGCCAAGACACACUGUCUACUGCACUCCAGUGGAUCAUUCUGAUACUUGUGAGGUAAUACAUAUUAAUUUUGAAUCAGCUAAAGUGAAAUUAAAGUAGUAUUUUUCCCAUAUGAUAUGUUCUGUUAACAAUUGCCUAUGCGUAAAAUUGAGAAAGCCUGUGCGUAAAGUGAAUCAAUUAUAUGCGGAAAGUGGAGAAAACCUAUGCCUAAAGUGGGGAAAGCUAUUCUCUUUUUGGAAAAUUACCUAAUCUCCUAGUAUGCAACCAUCUCACAACAUUAAAAAAACGAAAGAGCACGUAUGCUCUGCUCUUUCAUUGUUGGUAGGGUACUGUACUUGAUCUUGUGUUCGGCACUUCAGUAGCAGAACUAUGAUGUUGCGUAAUAGUAUUAAAUAGCAGAAGCGCCCAGGCAGGUAUUGGCAGCCUAAUAUGAGGGCUCCGCUGUUUUUUCCUAAAAUAUCGCUUCAGGAAAAUGACGUCAUCUGAGCAGUAGAACAUGCUGUGUGUUGCCAGUAGGAUAACAGUAGGCAUACUGUAGCUUGUUCGCGCAGGAAAAAUAAAAUAGUUUAGAUACCUAGUAAUGAAUGCAAUUUUUCUAAAACUGAUUGAGGACCUUAUUAGUGAUGAAUGUGUUUUGUUUUAUUUAUAUUUUGAUGUGUGUAUUUUCUGUAAUUUCUGUAAUUCAGGGCUCAUCUGUAAAAGAGACCUUGGUCUCAGUAUGACUCCCAUAUAAAGUAAAGGAUAAAUACAAAAUAAAUAAAAGUGAUAAUGCCCUCGAAGCCGGUGUUUGGAGGAUACACCAGCUUUUCGGGCAUUAUCACUUAAUUAUACAAGGGGUGGGUCUAAUCCUGAAUGCUGAUUUGUUAAAAGCGCAUUCCAGCCGGUGUCUAUUCCACAAGUUAACACCAGCUAAAUCUAUGAUGUUAAAAUGCCUAUUUACUCAGUUCCAUCUGACUGCGCUGUCUCAUCAGCUCAGACAAGCAAUUUAUGAACUUGAUCUCCACUAAAAAAAGCAUCUGGAUAUCAUCUCACAUUUCUUUUAGACUAACAUUUUCAACAGCCGAGGUUUGUAUAAACCUUGCUGUCUGUCUCUCCGACAUUUGCAACAUUGUUUCAAUAUUCAAAUUCGAUCUCCAGUUUACCCAUAGUAAUGAAUGUGUUCGGAGUCGGGAGGAGACAGACAGGCAGGCAGCAUUUCUCAACCAGUCGAAACCAUGAAUAAUUUUUAUGGAUAUAUACAAAGAAAUGUAAUUUGAAAAAAGGUAAAAUGAAACGAAGUGCAGCUAGUUUGCAGUCUUUCCAGCUUCAGUCUGAAGUGAUUGUGUUAGCUGUGUUGUUGGCUAGCUCCUCUGAACAACAGUGUCCUGAUGAGAGAGCACAUUUUCUAUGCCAGGCGAAAUCGCGCCUCAUUAGCUCAUUGUUAUGGGUGUAUCCAAAUAAAUGUCUCUAGAAAACAGUUUAAACAAAAGCAAAUGCUGCUACUUUGCUGUUAUUCUGGCUGCACUUUUUGACUUGACUGUAAAUUAGCCAUAGUUGGCUAGCUAGCAAGCAAGGGAUAAGAACGUUGCCAGCCAUUAUGGUAAUGACAUUUAGUAAGAACAACUGAUACAGAACAAAAAGACUGAACAACUGGGUCGCUUCUCUGGCAAUCGAACCAAUACAACAAAUGACCUGCCGGCUUGGGUAGCAACCCUAGAUUUGUGUUGGGACUAUAUAUCAUGGAAGGAUGAAAUAGUAUGAAUAAAUUCACCAAAAUAACGUUUUUAAUGGAAAUAUGUAAAUCAUUAUUUGAAUAUCACAUUUCUUUUAGAGUAACCUCUUGUUUAAAAGUGAUAAUGCCCUCGAAGGCGGUCUUUGGAGGAUAUAUUGGCACAGUUUGCCAGCUCUCGACUUCGUCUUGGGCCUAACAACAGUCUUGCCAAUAUAUCCUCAAAACACAGGCUUCUCUGGAAUUACAGUGCAUUCUGAAAGUAUUCAAACCCCUUGACUUUUCCCACAUUUUGUUACGUUACAGCCUUAUUCUAAAAUUGCUUAAAUAGUUUUUUUUCUCUCUCUCAUCAAUUUACACACAAUACCCCAUAAUGUCAAAGACCAACAAAAAAAAACACGGAAAUAUGACAUUUACAUAAUUAUUCAGACCCUUUACUCAGUACUUUGUGAAUCAGGCCUUGGUCGAGAGAAUGCCAAGAGUGUGCAAAGAUGUCAUCAAGGCAAAGGUAUAUAUAUAUAUACAUUUUAAAAAUAUAUUUUCCUUUAUUAUUUUCCCCUAACCCUACCACCACUCUGCUAAUUGGAGUAAACUAAUGGAUAACAAUACUUAGGCUUCUACUUCCAUCUUAUACAUACUAUAUACAUGUUACGGACACAAUGUAUUUGACAAUAGUUAUCUUUUGUUUGUUUUUAAUCCCAUCCUUCAGCUACCAUCAACCCCUCCCAUCUAUCUCUGAAGCCCAUCCAGUUUGAUUUCUAUUUUGCCAUAUAUUUUUAACUGUGAUGUUUCAAAAAAGUUCUGAACCUAUAUAUAUUUUACGGACACAGUAUAUUUUACAUUAGUUACAUCUUGUUGUUUUUAAUUCCACCCUUCAGCUCCACUCAACCCCUCCCAUCUAUCUCUUAACACCAUCCAUUUUUAUUUGUUUUUGACAUAUAUUUUUCAACUGUGCUAUGAUGUUUCACAAAAGUUCUGAACUUUUCUAUUCUCGUAGUUUGUACAGAUUAUAAAUUAAAGAUAAACAUUUUUGCUAAAGUAUUAUUAUUUUAUUGAUAGAUUGACUAUGACUUUUCAAAUCACCCAGUAGUGCUAUCUGCAGAGUUAGCUCCAGGUAUAUGUUGCACUUUUUCAACCAUUCCUGGACCUGCGACCAAAAACAAGCUACAUACGGACAGUACAAAACAAAUGAUCUAAUGAUUCUGUCUCUUCGCAGCAAAAUCUGCAGAGCUGGGAUGGUUGUAUCCCCCAUAUAUAAAUUAUAUAACAAGAAUUUAGUAUAAUAAUUUACAUUGAAAAAUUCAAAGUUUUGAAUCCGCCGUUGUUUUGCGUAUCAGUUCAUCAACCAUGUGCCAUGGAAUCGGUACAUCGAAAAUCUCUUCCCAACUAUUUUGCAAUCUAUGUGGCACCUCUGUCAAUUUUUUAUUUAUCACAAUUUUCUUUAAUCAAAUUUGUUAUUUAAUGCAGGACCAACAGACAAGUUCCUUACUUUUUCCCCCUUCCACUUGCCUCUUCCAUUUUUGCAGUACUGCUGCAAUUAGUUGGUUGUAAUUUUGGGUAGAGCAGACAUUUACAUAUAUUUUUGUUAGCUGCAUGUGUGACAUAACUCCACCAGUCCUAUUUGUGAUAUAAUUUACAAAGAUUAUACCUUUUUGAAAUAUGUUUUCGAAAAAGGUUUUUUAAUUAAUUAGUUUAACCUCUACGGGAUCGGUGUCCCAUAUACGGGACGGUUGAGCUAACGUGCGCCCAAUGUGAUUAGCAUGACUAUUGUAAGUAGCAGCAAACUUUCCAGGACAUAGACAUGUCUUAUAUGGGCAGAAAGCUUAAAUUAGUAGCUAUUACAGUGAAAAAAUACCAUGCUAUUGUUUGAGGAGAGUGCACAACAACAAAAAACGUAUCACGGCAACUGGUUUGAUACAUUCACCUCUGAAGGUAAGAAUGUACUUUCAUUCAGUAAUCUUGCUCUGAUUUGUCAUCCUGAGAGUCCCAGAGAUAAAAUAUAGCAUAGUUUUGUUUGAUAAAAUCAAUUUUUUAAUUCAAAUGUAGGAACUGGAUUCUACAGUUUGAGCCCUUGCUGUCUCUGGCUCCACACCCACCCCACCCGGCCAUCUAGAUGUGUGAAAGUUAGUGUAUAAGCUAAUGAUCCAUCAUGUAUGACAUUCCUGGGAGUGUGUAAACUUACAUUUUGUAUUACCAUAUCAUUUUUGUAUGUUCUCUAUAGUUAUGUACUUGAAAAUAUAUAAAUUGACCAAUUCGGCACAUUUGGGCAGACUUGAUACAAAAUAGUCCAGUAUUGCAAUGCUUCACUGGAUCAAUCUGAAACUUUGCACAAACACUGCUGCCAUCUAGUGGUUAAAAAAUCUAAAUUGCAAUAUUAUAUUGUGGCCUUUCUAUUGCAUUUCAAAGUUGAUGAAAGAAACAACUAAAAGAAAACUGCAUGUUUUUUUGUUUGUAUUAUCUUUUACCAGAUCUAAUGUGUUAUAUUCUCCUACAUUAAGGAGAACAUUCUCCUACAUCCACAAACUUCAAAGCGUUUCCUUUCAAAUGGUAUCAAUAAUAUGCAUAUCCUUGCUUCAAGUCCUGAGCUACAGGCAGUUAGAUUUGGGUAUGUCAUUUUCGGCAAAAAUUGUUUAAUCCUUAAGAGGUUAACCGCAAUAUUUGUUGUUCUGUCUUUUCUGGUGGAUUAAACUGAAAUUGCAACCAACUUUCUAUGGCUUGUUUUAAAAAUAGCAAUAUUUUGGAGAUGAUUUCAUUUUCAAAUAACCGAAAGUGAGAGGUUGUAAUCUGAAUAAAGUGAAAAAGGCCAUUCUUGAACAUGGGGUGUGUAACGUAGAUGCAGGGAGUCAGGAAGCAAGUGCAGUUAGUGAGUUUAAUAAUGAAGAACAUGAACGAUACAAAACAAGAAAAAAGUUUAACAUGUUGCCUGGUGGGUGAUAUAAAGGGGAGGUAAUCAGGGAGGUGAUGAAGUCCAGGUGUGCCUAAUGAGGCUCAGGUGUACGUAAUGAAGGUUGCAAGGUGUGCGUAAUGAUGGGUUUCCAGGACCGGUGGUUAAUAGACCGGGGAGAGGGGUAGCCGGAGGGGACGUUACAGUACCGACCCCCAAGACAUCUGGAGUGCAGGAGGGACCUGACAGCAUAGGCGGGACUACCCUCGAUGUCCAGGGGAGGCGGAGGGGUGUCGUGGGGGACGGCAUCAGCCAGGGGACCAGGAACCACCAGCCUGAGGAGGGAAAUGUGAAAAGAGGGUGAGAUCUGGUAGUCAUUGGGAAGCUGUAAUCGAUAAGUUACCUCAUUGACCCUCGGGAGGACUUUGAAUGGCCCCACAAACCGGGGGCUCAGCUUCCGGCAGGGCAGGCGAAGCAGGAGGUUCCUUAAGGAGAGCCAGACGCGAUCACCAGGAUGGAAAACGGGUGCCUAACUGCAGUGGCGGUCCGACUGCUCCUUCUGGCACUGGACGGCGCAUUGGAGCCUCACGUGGGCAGCUUCCCAAACCUCCCCUGCGUGCCGGAACCACUCAUCCACCGCAGGGGCUUCGAUCUGGCUCAUGGUCCACAGAGCCAGGGCCGGUUGGUACCCCAGGAUGCACUGGAAGGGAGACAACCCGGUGGAGGAAUGACGAAGUGAGUUCAGGCCAUAUUUCGCCCAGGGAAGAUACCGGGCCCACUACCUCUGCCGGUCCUGACUCCUCAGGAACCUCCCCAUCUCCUGGAUGGUCCUUUCCACCUGCCUGUUGGACUGAGGCCGGUACCCAGAUGUGAGGCUGACCAUGACCUCCAGCUUCUCCAUGAAGGCUCUCCAUACACGUGACGUGAAUUGGGGACCAUGGUCGAAGACGAUAUCCUCUGGAAGGCCAUAGUGCCAGAAGACCUGCUGAAACAGUGCCUCAGCGACCUGGAGAGCAGUAGGGAGACCAGAGAGAGGGAUAAAACGGCAGGAUUUUGAGAAUCUGUCCACAACAACCAUAACAGUGGUGAAACCAUCAGACAGGGGAAGAUCAGUGACAAACUGUAUCGACAGAUGGGUCCAAGGCCGCUGAGGCACGGGGAGGGGAAGGAGUUUCCCUGCUGGUGCGUUCUGGGGAGACUUGGUUUGGGCACAUACGGAGCAGGAGUUGAUGUAGCGGGAGACGUCCUGCGCCAAGGUGGGCCACCAGUACUUAAUGGAGAUGGAUUGAGUGGUGCGGGUGAUACCUGGGUGUCCAGCGGCAACGGAUGUGUGCGCCCAGGUCAAAAGCCGAUCCCUUACCUCCGUGGGAACGUAGGUGUGCUCUGGAGGACAGGUAGCUGGUACGGGUUCCCUCUCCAUAGCCUGCCGGAUGUCCACGUCUAUGGCCCAGAGCAUGGGGGCAACGAUUCGAGAGGGCAGUAUGAUGGGACCACUCAGGAUAGGAACCUCUCCUGAAUCGUGGAGUCGGGACAGGGCAUCGGCUUUGAUGUUCUUUGAACCUGUGCGGUAUGACAAGGUGAAGUUGAAUCUACAGUGAGGGAAAAAAGUAUUUGAUCCCCUGCUGAUUUUGUACGUUUGCCCACUGACAAAGAAAUGAUCAGUCUGUAAUUUUAAUGGUAGGUUUAUUUGAACAGUGAGAGCCAGAAUAAAAUAAAUCCAGAAAACGCAUGUCAAAAAUGUUAUAAAUUGAUUUGCAUUUUAAUGAGGGAAAUAAGUAUUUGACCCCCUCUCAAUCAGAAAGAUUUCUGGCUCCCAGGUGUCUUUUAUACAGGUAACGAGCUGAGAUUAGGAGCACACUCUUAAAGUGAGUGCUCCUAAUCUCAGCUUGUUACUUGUAUAAAAGACACCUGUCCACAGAAGCAGAUUCCAAACUCUCCACCAUGGCCAAGACCAAAGAGCUCUCCAAGGAUGUCAGGGACAAGAUUGUAGACCUACACAAGGCUGGAAUGGGCUACAAGACCAUCGCCAAGCAGCUUGGUGAGAAGGUGACAACAGUUGGUGCGAUUAUUCGCAAAUGGAAGAAACACAAAAGACUGUCAAUCUCCCUCGGCCUGGGGCUCCAUGCAAGAUCUCACCUCGUGGAGUUGCAAUGAUCAUGAGAACGGUGAGGAAUCAGCCCAGAACUAAACGGGAGGACCUUGUCAAUGAUCUCAAGGCAGCUGGGAUCAUAGUCACCAAGAAAACAAUUGGUAACACACUACGCCGCGAAGGACUGAAAUCCUGCAGCGCCCGCAAGGUCCCCCUGCUCAAAAAAGCACAUAUACAUGCCCGUUUGAAGUUUGCCAAUGAACAUCUGAAUGAUUCAGAGGAGAACUGGGUGAAAGUGUUGUGGUCAGAUGAGACCAAAAUGGAGCUCUUUGGCAUUCUCUCAACUCGCCGUGUUUGGAGGAGGAAGAAUGCUGCCUAUGACCCCAAGAACACCAUCCCCACCGUCAAACAUGGAGGUGGAAACAUUAUGCUUUGGGGGUGUUUUUCUGCUAAGGGGACAGGACAACUUCACCGCAUCAAAGGGACGAUGGACGGGGCCAUGUACCGUCAAAUCUUGGGUGAGAACCUCCUUCCCUCAGCCAGGGCAUUGAAAAUGGGUCGUGGAUGGGUAUUCCAGUAUGACAAUGACCCAAAACACACAGCCAAGGCAACAAAGGAGUGGCUCAAGAAGAGGCACAUUAAGGUCCUGGAGUGGCCUAGCCAGACUCCAGACCUUAAUCCCAUAGAAAAUCUGUGGAGGGAGCUGAAGGUUCGAGUUGCCAAACGUCAGCCUCGAAACCUUAAUGACUUGGAGAAGAUCUGCAAAGAGGAGUGGAACAAAAUCCCUCCUGAGAUGUGUGCAAACCUGGUGGCCAACUACAAGAAACGUCUGACCUCUGUGAUUGCCAACAAGGGUUUUUCCACCAAGUACUAAGUCAUGUUUUGCAGAGGGGUCAAAUACUUAUUUCCCUAAUUAAAAUGCAAAUCAAUUUAUAACAUUUUUGACAUGUGUUUUUCUGGAUUUUGUUGUUGUUAUUCUAUCUCUCACUGUUCAAAUAAACCUACCAUUAAAAUUAUAGACUGAUCAUUUCUUUGUCAGUAAGGCAAACGUACAAAAUCAGCAGGGGAUCAAAUACUUUUUUCCCUCACUGUAGUAAAGAAAAGGGCCCACCUUGCUUGGCGGGGGUUCAGCCGCCUCGCUGUCCAUAUGUAUUCCAAGUUCCGAUGGUCGGUGAGGAUGAGAAACGGGUCCGUGGCGCCCUCCAGCCAGUGUCUCCACUCCUGUAAUGCCAACUUCACUGCUAGGAGCUCCUGAUCACCGACGUCAUAGUUCCUUGCUGCAGGGGACAGUUUUUUAGAGGUAUGCACAUGGAUACAGUUUUUGUGGAUUACCUUGACGUUGUGACAGAAAGGCCCCCACGCCCACUUCUGAGGCGUCCACCUCCACCAUGAAGGGCAGCGUAGGGUCUGGGUGUUUCAGCAACGUGGCAGAGGUGAAACUCCCCUUCAGCAGGCGGAAGGCCUCAUCAGCUGCAGGAUUCCACGCAAAACUUACAGAGACCACCUUUGAGGAGCGAGGUGAGGCGAUGGAGCUGAAGUUCCUGAUGAAGUGGCAGUAAAAGUUGGCAAACCCCAAAAACCGUUGCGAGCCCUUUAUGGGGUUUGGGACUGGCCAUGACCUGACCACAUCUACCUUCCUUUCCUCCACAACCACUCCCUGCGGGCUGAUCCGAUAUCCCUAGAAGGAGACCUGAUGGAACUGGCAGUUCUCCGCUUUCACGUACAGAUGGUUCUCCAGGAGGCGUCCCAGGACUAUCCGGACGUGGGCGAUGUGCUCCUCCAAGGUGGCCGAGUAGAUCAGGAAGUUGUCAAUAUACACAACCACCUGGUGCCCAAGCAUGUCCCGAAACAUCUCGUUCACGAAUGCCUGGAACACCGACGGCUCUAUGGUUAAACCAUAAGGCAUCACCAAGUACUCAUAGUGGCCAGACACUGUGCAGAAGGCCAUCUUCCAUUCUCCCACGGGAGACCGAGGACGACUUUGUGUACGGGUGCCUGGAUCAUGAGGUAGGGGAGGCUUUCUUGGUGCAGGGGUCCCACGGUGAUGGUGAGUGGUGCUGUGAUGUGUUUGACUGUGCCAGAUCCCAGUGGUCGGUUAUCCAGUGCGGAAACGGAGAGGAGAGCGGGUAUGAUGUUAUGUUCAGGGAGGAGGCAAGGGCCUGGUCAAUAAAAUUCCCUGUGACUCCGGAGUCCACUAGAGCUGUGGAAACAACACAUGAGGGAGAGCCAGCUAGUGAAAUCGGUACUAAGAAGGGUUUGGUGGAGAGUGAAGAUGAUGGAAUGCUCACACCUACACCAGGAGACUGGACCGUCCCUCUGCUCUAGUGACUCUCGGGUUAGGACGUAGCGGACACCAUUGAAGCUGGUGUCCCUCCUGGCCACAAUAGGGACAGAGCCCCAGUUGUCUCCGAUGGUGUUGUUCAGCCGCGGGGAGGCGUGUGACCCCUACCUCCAUGGGUUCAGGCUCUGACUCAGAUCGGUCAAUGAAGGAGGGAGAAAGGCGAUGGGAGUGCCAACGCUCCCGAAGGAGGUUAUCCAGAUGGAUGGCCAUCGCGAUGAGUGCAUCCAAUGAGAGGGUUUCAUCUCGGCAUGCCAGCUCCGUCUGGACCUCCUCACGCAAUCCUCUUCUGAAUAAGUUGCGGAGCGCUCAUUCCAUCUGCUGGAUGCUGCCACUGUACGAAAGGUGAGGGCAUACUCCACAGUGGUCUGGUCCUCCUGCCGUGGUUGGAGUAGGCGCUCACCCCCCUCUCUGCCCUCUGGUGGAUGAUCGAAAACUCUCCUGAACAGAGCCAUGAACCUCCCAUAGGAACACAGCUCCUCCUCUCAUCUCUCCCAGAUGGCCGUAGCCCAUUCCAACGCCCGCCCGGGCAACAAGGAAAUAACCUUGGCAACCUUGGACCUCUCCUGGUGGGGGCUUCCGCUUGAUGAGCAAAAUAGAGGGAGCACUCGAGGAGGAAGCCACGGCAUUUGGAUGGUAUCCUGUCGUAUUUCUCUGGAAGAGACAAACGGGCAUCGCUGACCUGGGCAGACUUCUGAAUGGGCUGGGGUGCUGGCUUGCUGGGUCGACUCAUGGUAGAGGAUCCUCCGCUCAUUGGGGGUGAAGCCCCUUGGGGAAGAUCUAGACGUUGAAGAACGCAGAGGACCUCAUCCAUCGCCAUCCCCAGUUGCGCCAGCUGAUCGUGGUGUUGGCGAAGUAGGUCUCCCUGUUCGCCGACCAUCUGGGAGAUGUCUCGGUUGGCUGCUGCUUCCAUUCUGUGAGACAAUAUUCUGUAACGUAGAUGUAAGGAAUCAGGAAGCAAGUGCAGUUAGUGAGUUUAAAUAAUGAAAAACAUGAACAAUACAAAACAAGAAAAGCAUCUAAACAUGAACAAUAUUGCCUGGUGAGUGAUAACAACGGAGUGCUAUAUAAAGGGGAAGUAAUCAGGGAGGUGAUGAAGUCCAUGUGUGCCUAAUGAGGCGCAGGUGUGCGUAAUGAAGGUUGCCAGGUGUGCAUAAGGAUGGGUUGCCAGGACCGGUAGUUAGUAGACCGGCGACGUCAAGCGCCGGAGAGGGGUAGCGGGAGUGGACGUGACAGGGUGAGACAUUCUUACUAAUCUGCUAGAGAACCAGUUCGGAUUUAAAUAUAACUUUUGUAUGACUGACGCCUUUAGUGAGAGGUCUAAUGUUUUAAUAUUUAAUAAUUUCUGCCCUCCGAAUUCAUAUUCAUUAAAUAAAUAGGCCAGUUUAAUUUUGUCUGGCUUGCCGUUCCAAAUCAAAUUGAAUAUUUUUUAGCAUAUAAUUUAAAAAACAGGUCGCUAGGUGUAGGCAAGACCAAAAGCAAAUAGGUAAACUGGGAUAUGACUAAAGAGUUAAUCAGGGUGAUUUUUCCACAAUUUUCCAUUCCAUGGUAGCAAAAUCGUAUCUAUUUUUUGCUAACUUUCUAAUAAAAUAUAUUGUAGUAAGACCAUUUAUUUAUUUUGGGAUAUGUAUACCGAGUAUGUCCACAUCACCAUCAGACCAUUCUAUUGGUAAACUACACGGUAAUGUACACGUUUUUUUGUGAUCCAAUACGUAAUAUAGUACACUUAUCAUAAUUUGGUUGUAAUCCAGAGAGGUUAGAAAAAGUAUCUAGAUCCUCUAUGAGGCUGUGGAGGGAUCCAAAUUGUGGAUUUAAAAGAAAGCAUGAAUCAUCAGUGUACAAUGACACCUUUGUUUUUAAGCCCUUGAUUUCUAACCUCUUGAUAUUAUUGUUGGAUCUGAUUUUAAUAGCUAACAUAUCGAUGGCCAUAAUAAAUAGAUAUGCCGAUAGUGGACAACCUUGUUUUACUCCUCUUGACAGUUUAAUACUUUCAGGGAAGUAGUCAUUAUUUACUAUUUUACACCUAGGGUUACUAUACAUACAGUGGGGAAAAAAAAUAUUUAGUCAGCCACCAAUUGUGCAAGUUCUCCCACUUAAAAAGAUGAGAGAGGCCUGUAAUUUUCAUCAUAGGUACACGUCAACUAUGACAGACAAAAUGAGAAAAAAAAAUCCAGAAAAUCACAUUGUAGGAUUUUUAAUGAAUUUAUUAGCAAAUUAUGGUGGAAAAUAAGUAUUUGGUCAAUAACAAAAGUUUCUCAAUACUUUGUUAUAUACCCUUUGUUGGCAAUGACACAGGUCAAACGUUUUCUGUACCAAAAAGUUAUAUUUUGGUUUAAUCUGACCAUAUGACAUUCUCCCAAUCCUCUUCUGGAUCAUCCAAAUGCACUCUAGCAAACUUCAGACGGGCCUGGACAUGUACUGGCUUGAGCAGGGGGACACGUCUUGCACUGCAGGAUUUGAGUCCCUGGCGGCGUAGUGUGUUACUGAUGGUAGGCUUUGUUACUUUGGUCCCAGCUCUCUGCAGGUCAUUCACUAGGUCCCCCCGUGUGGUUCUGGGAUUUUUGCUCACCGUUCUUGUGAUCAUUUUGACCCCACGGGGUGAGAUCUUGCGUGGAGCCCCAGAUCGAGGGAGAUUAUCAGUGGUCUUGUAUGUCUUCCAUUUCCUAAUAAUUGCUCCCACAGUUGAUUUCUUCAAACCAAGCUGCUUACAUAUUGCAGAUUCAGUCUUCCCAGCCUGGUGCAGGUCUACCAUUUUGUUUCUGGUGUCCUUUGACAGCUUUUUGGUCUUGGCCAUAGUGGAGUUUGGAGUGUGACUGUUUGAGGUUGUGGACAGGUGUCUUUUAUACUGAUAACAAGUUCAAACAGGUGCCAUUAAUACAGGUAACGAGUGGAGGACAGAGGAGCCUCUUAAAGAAGAAGUUACAGGUCUGUGAGAGCCAGAAAUCUUGCUUGUUUGUAGGUGACCAAAUACUUAUUUUCCACCAUAAUUUGCAAAUAAAUUCAUUCAAAAUCCUACAAUGUGAUUUUCUGGAUUUUUUUUCUCAAUUUGUCUGUCAUAGUUGACGUGUACCUAUGAUGAAAAUUACAGGCCUCUCUCAUCUUUUUAAGUGGGAGCUUGCACAAUUGGUGGUGAAUUUUUGCAUCACAACACUGAAGUGUAAGGGGCCUCCAAUUUUCUUAAUUGACCGGAUCUUUAUAUUUACCACUUGGAUCCUGUUUCAGUAAUAAUGAAAUCAGACGUUCUUGUUGAGUAUCUGACAAUCUACAAUUUUUUUAGGCUUUGAUAAAAUUUCCAAUAUCUUCGCCAACAUGGAAAUUCUGUAGGAGUAAUAUAUAUGCCAAUUAUUUGAUGGUCCGACUGCAUUCUGUCCCCUAUCAACACUUUUUAAUCUUUAGGUGCCAGCGAGAAUGACAUAAGAAAGUAGUCAAGACGACAAGCUUUAUUGAGCCUCCGCCAUGUAUAUCUCACUAGGUCAAGAUAUUUAAGCCUCCAUAUAUCCACUAGUUCCAAUAUAUCCAUGACAUUUGUGAUUUCCUUAAGUGCAUGAGGGUGAUUGUAGUUUGUAGUGUGAUUUCCUUUAUGGUCCAUUGAGGUAUUUAAAAACGUAUUAUAAUCUCCCACCAUAAUAAUAGAGUCUUGUAUUGCUUGUAGGUUUUUAAAAAUUAUUUUUUAAUUUCACCUUUAUUUAACCAGGUAAGCCAGUUGAGAACAAGUUCUCAUUUACAACUGCGACCUGGCCAAGAUAAAGCAAAGCAGUGCGAUAAAAAACAACAACACAGAGUUACAUAUGGGGUAAACAAUACAAUAGAAAAUAUAUAUACAGUGUGUGCAAAUGUAGCAAGUUAUGGAGGUAAGGCAAUAAAUAGGCCAUAGUGCAAAAUAAUUACAAUUUAAUAUUAACACUGGAAUGAUAGAUGUGCAAGAGAUGAUGUGCAAAUAGAGAUACUGGGGUGCAAAUGAGCAAAAUACAUAACAAUAUGGGGAUGAGGUAGUUGGGUGGGCUAAUUUAAGAUGGGCUGUGUACAGGUGCAGUGAUCGGUAAGGUGCUCUGACAACUGAUGCUUAAAGUUAGUGAGGGAGAUAAGAGUCUCCAGCUUCAGAGAUUUUUGCAGUUCGUUCCAGUCAUUGGCAGCAGAGAACUGGAAGGAAUAGCGGCCAAAGGAGGUGUUGGCUUUGGGGAUGACCAGUGAGAUAUACCUGCUGGAGCGCAUACUACGGGUGGGUGUUGCUAUGGUGACCAAUGAGCUAAGAUAAGGCGAGGAUUUGCCUAGCACUGAUUUAUAGAUGACCUGGAGCCAGUGGGUUUGGCGAUGAAUAUGUAGUGAGGACCAGCCAACAAGAGCGUACAGGUCACAGUGGUGGGUAGUAUAUGGGGCUUUGGUGACAAAACGGAUGGCACUGUGAUAGACUACAUCCAAUUUGCUGAGUAGAGUGUUGGAGGCUAUUUUGUAAAUGACAUCGCCAAAGUCAAGGAUCGGUAGGAUAGUCCGUUUAACGAGGGCAUGUUUGGUAGCAUGAGUGAAGGAGGCUUUGUUUGCGAAAUAGGAAGCCGAUUCUAGAUUUAACUUUGGAUUGGAGAUGCUUAAUGUGAGUCUGGAAGGAGAGUUACAGUCUAACCAGACACCUAGGUAUUUGUAGUUGUCCACAUACUCUAGGUCAGACCCGCUGAGAGUAGUGAUUCUAGUCGGGUGGGCGGGUGCCAGCAGCAUUCGAUUGAAGAGCAUGCAUUUAGUUUUACUAGUGUUUAAGAGCAGUUGGAGGCUACGGAAGGAGUGUUGUAUGGUAUUGAGGCUUGUUUGGAGGUUUGUUAACACAGUGUCCAAUGAAGGGCCAGAUGUAUACAAAAUGGUUUCGUCUGCGUAGAGGUGGAUCUGAGAGUCACCAGCAGCAAGAGCGACAUCAUUGAUAUACACAGAGAAAAGAGUCGGCCUGAGAAUUGAACCCUGUGGCACCCCCAUAGAGACUGCCAUAGGUUCAGACAACAGGCCCUCCGAUUUGACACAUUGAACUCUAUCUGAGAAGUAGUUGGUGAACCAGGCGAGGCAGUCAUUUGAGAAACCAAGGCUAUUUAGUCUGCCAAUAAGAAUGCGGUGGUUGACAGAGUCGAAAGCCUUGGCCAGGUCGAUGAAGACGGCUGCACAGUACUGUCUAUUAUCGAUCGCGGUUAUAAUAUCGUUUAGGACCUUGAGCGUGGCUGAGAUGCACCCAUGACCAGCUCGGAAAUCGGAUUGCAUAGCGGAGAAGGUACGGUGGGAUUCAAAAUGGUCGGUGAUCUGUUUGUUAACUUGGCUUUCAAAAACCUUCGAAAGGCAGGGCAGGAUGGAUAUAGGGCUGUAACAGUUUGGAUCUAGAGUGUCACCCCCUUUGAAGAGGGGGAUGACCGCGGCAGCGUUCCAAUCUCUGGGGAUCUCAGACGUUACAAAAGAGAGUUUGAACAGGCUAGUAAUAGGGUUGCGACAAUUUCGGCUGCUAAUUUGAGAAAGAAAGGGUCCAGAUUGUAUAGCCCAGAUGAUUUGUAGGGGUCCAGAUUUUGCAGCUCUUUCAGAACAUCAGCUGUCUGAAUUUGUGUGAAGGAGAAGCGGAGGGGGCAUGGGCAAGUUGCAGCGGAGGGUGCAGAGCUGGUGGCCGGGGUAGUGGUAGCCAGGUGGAAAGCAUGGCCAGCCGUAGCAAAAUGCUUGUUGAAAUUCUCGAUUAUUGCAGAUUUAUCGGUGGUGAUAGUGUUUCCUAGCCUCAGUGCAGUGGGCAGCUGGGACACUUUACAGUGUCCCAAAACCUUUUGGAGUUAGUGCUACAGGAUGCAAAUUUCCGUUUGAAAAAGCUAGCCUUUGCUUUCCUAACUGCUUGUGUAUAUUGGUUCCUAACUUCCCUGAAAAGUUGCAUAUCGCAGGGGCUAAUGCAGUACGCCACAGAUGAUUUUGUGCUGGUCAAGUCUGAGGAGAACCAGGGGCUAUAUCUGUUCUUAGUUCUGAAUUCUUUGAACGGGGCAUGCUUAUUUAAGAUUGAGAGGAAAGCACUUUUAAAGAACAACCAGGCAUCCUCUACUGACGGAAUGAGAUCGAUAUCCAUCCAGGAUACCUGGACCAGGUCAAUUAGGAAGGCCUGCUCGCCAAAGUGUUUUAGGGAGAGUUUGACAGUGAUGAGGGGUGGUCGUUUGACCGCGGACCCGUUACGGACGCAGGCAAUAAGGCAGUGAUCGCUGAGAUCCUGGUUGAAGAUAGCAGAGGUGAAUUUAGAGGGUAAGUUAGUCAGGAUGAUAUCUAUGAGGGUGCCCAUGUUUACGGAUUUAGGGUUGUACCUGGUAGGUUCCUUGAUAAUUUGUGUGAGAUUGAGGGCAUCUAGUUUGGAUUGUAGGAUGGCCGGGGUGUUAAGCAUAUCCCAAUUUAGGUCACCAAGCAGUACGAACUCUGAGGAUAGAUGGGGGCAAUCAAUUCACAUAUGGUGUCCAGGGCACAGCUGGGGGCUGAGGGGGGUCUGUAGCAAGCGGCAACAGUGAGAGACUUAUUUCUGGAAAGGUGGAUUUUUAGUAGUAGGAGCUCAAACUGUUUGGCCACAGACCUGGAUAGUAUGAUAGAGCUCUGCAGGCUAUCUCUACAGUAGAUUGCAACUCCACCCCCUUUGGCAGUUCUAUCCAGACGGAAAAUGUUGUAGCUGGGGAUGGACAUUUCUGAAUUUUUGUGGCCUUCCUAAGCCAGGAUUCAGACACUGCUAGAACAUCAGGGUUGGUGGAGUGUGCUAAUGCAGUGAGUAACUCAAACUUAGGAAGGAGGCUUCUGAUGUUAACAUGCAAAAAGCCAAGGCUUUUACGGUUACAGAAGUCAACAAAUGAUAGCGCCUGGGGAGUAGGAGUGAUACUGGGGGCUGCAGGGCCUGGGUUAACCUCUACAUCACAAGAGGAACAGAGGAGGACUAGAAUAAGGAUACGGCUUAAGGAUUUAAGAACUGGUCUUCUAGUGCGUUGGGUACAGAGAAUAAAGGGGGCAGAUUUCCGGGCGUUGUAGAAUAGAUUCAGGCCAUUAUGUACAGACAAGGAUAUGGAAGGAUAUGAGUACAGUGGAGGUAAACCUAAGCGUUGGGUAACAAUGAAAGAGAUAGCAUCACUGGAGGCACCGAUUGAGCCGGUCUCCGCGUGUAUGGGGGGUGGAACAAGGAGCUAUUUGAGGCAGUUUGAGAGGGACUUGGGGCUCUACAGUGAAAUUGUAUAAUAAGAACAAACUGGAACAGCAAUAGGCAAGGCAUAUUGACAUGGGAGAGAGGUAUAAAGCAAUCACAGGUGUUAUUCGAGAGAGCUAAGACAACUGGUUAAUUGAUGAUGAAAGUUUGGGCUGAGGCUAAACAGAUAAAACAGGACAGGGUACCGUGUAAAGGAACAGUCCAGCAGGCAUCAGCUGUGCAGCUGAGUGAUCAUAAGGUCCAGUGAACAGCAAUGUGAGUCCGAGAGCAGUUCGAAUUGGGGCUACAGCACAGGCGAUCAGGAAGCACGGCUGUUGUUUGCGUGUGCUAGCGGGCCGGGGCUAGCAGAUGGAUCUUCGUGGUCGUCGCAACGGGAAGCCUGUUGAAACCACAGACGAUUACGUCGGCAGACCAGUCAUGAUGGAUCGGCGGGGCUCCGUGUCAACACUAGGAGGUCCCGUCCGGUUGACAAAGAGGUAGAUAGCCGGGAGAUGGGCCUGACUCGAGGCUAGCUCAAGGCUGAUUAGCCAACCACAACAUCCAUUUGGUUGCAGCUAGCUAGUUGCGAUGAUCCGGUGUUAAAGGUCCAGUGAUUCAGUGAUUCCGGCAGAAAAUCCGAUAUGUUCUGUGUCGAUAACGCGCUGUGCAGACUGGCCGAUAAUAGUCCAGGCUAGAGCUGGCUGGUAGGUAGUGCAGGCCACGGACAAUGGUGAAAAAUCCCCGCUAACGGUGGCUAAUAGCAAGUAGCUAGUUAGCUGGCUACUCCCGACCGGUAGACAGAGAGGUAGAUAGCCGGGAUAUGGGCCUGGCUUGAGGCUAGCUCAAGGCUAACUGGUGCUUGCUUCAGGGGCAGUGGUGAUUAGCCAACAGCAACAUCCAUUCGGUUGCGGCUAGCUGGUAGCGAUCCGGUGUUAAGGUCCAGUGAUUCAGUUAUUCCGGCAGAAAAUCCGAUGUUCUGGGUGAAAACCGCUAACGGUGGCUAAUAGCAAGUAGCUAGUUAGCUGGCUAGCUAGUUUCAACUGGAGAUUCUAGAUAAAAGGUAAGUAAAUAAUAGAAUCCGUUCCACAUUGAGUGAGGCGAGUUGCAGGAAAGUAUAUUUAGUAGAAGGAUGAAAAGUGUGAUAGGGGAAUAUAUACAACAAAAGACAAAAAAAGAAAGAACAGGCUAUUUACACGGACACACAACAGAGUACACGACCGCACUGCUACGCCAUCUUGGACUGCUACGCCAUCUUUGAUCAAUUAUUAUAUAUAUUUUCAAAGAAGCAUGGAUCAUCAUAUCUGUUUAUGGUCCACAUUCGGAUCAAAAUUAUUGUUAAUUAAUAUCAUCACCCCUUUUGAGUUUCUUUGCCCAUGGGAGAAGUAUAUUUGCCACCCCCCCCCCCCCCCCCCCCCCCCCAGUCCUGUUCCCACACAACUUCAUCUAAAAUUGUUGAAUGAGUUUCCUGUAAACAGUAGAUCAUAUAUUCCUUGUCUUUUAGCCAGGUAAAUACUGAUCGUCUUUUCUUAUUAUCUGCUAAGCCAUUAGAAUUAUAGCUGGCUAUACUUAUUUCACUAUUUACCAUAAUGAGAUACAAGUUUCAAUUCUAUUUAUCAUUAUAUACAGUGCAUUCGUAAAGUAUUCAGACCCUUUGACUUUUUCCGCAUUGUGUUACGUUACAGCCUUAUUCUAAAAUGGAUUAAAUUGCUGUUUUUUUGUCAUCAAUCUACACACAAUACCCCAUAAUGACAAAGCAAAAACAGGUUUUUAGAAAUUUUUGCAAAUGUAUUAAAAAUCCAAAACUUUAAUAUCAAAUUUACAUGAGUAUUCAGACCCUUUACUGAGUACUUUGUUGAAGCACCUUUGGCAGCGAUUACAGCCUCGAGUCAUCUUGGGUAUGAAACUACAAGCUUGGCACACCUGUAUUUGCGGAGUUUCUCACAUUCUUCUCUGCAGAUCCUCUCAAGCUCUGUCAGGUUGGAUGGGGAGCGUCGCUGCACAGCUAUUUUCAGGUCUCUCCAGAGAUGUUAGAUUGGGUUCAAGUCCGGGCUGGGCCACUCAAGGACAUUCAGAGACUUGUCCUGAAGCCACUCCUGCGUUGUCUUGGCUGUGUGCUUAGGGUCGCUGUCCUUUGCCCCAGUCUGAGGUCCUGAGUGCUCUGAUGCAGGUUUUCAUCAACGGUCUCUCUGUACUUUGCUCUGUUCAUCUUUCCCUCGAUCCUGACUCGUCUUCCGGUCCCUGCCGCUAAAAAACAUCCCCACAGCAUGAUGCUGCCACCACCAUGCUUCACCAUAGGGAUAGUGCCAGGUCUCCUCCAGACGUGGCGCUUGGCAUUCAGGCCAAAGAGUUCAAUCUUGGUUUUAUCAGGCCAGAGAAUCUUGUUUCUGAUUGUCUGAGUCCUUUAGGUGCCUUUUGGCAAACUCCAAGCGGGCUGUCAUGUGCCUUUUACUGAGGAGUGGCUUCCGUCUGGCCACUCUACCAUAAAGACCUGAUUGGUGAUGUGCUCCUCAGAGAAACUCUGGAGCUUUGUCAGACUGACCACCGGGUUCUUGGUCACCUCCCUGACCAAGGCCCUCCUCCCUCGAUUGCUCAGUUUGGCCGGGCGGCCAGCUCUAGGAAGAGUCUUGGUGGUUCCAAACUUCUUCCAUUUAUGAAUGAUGGAGGCCACUGUGUUCUUGGGGACCUUUAAUCCUGCCAACAUUUUUUGGUACCCUUCCCCAGAUCUGUGCCUCGACACAAUCUUGUCUCGGAGCUCUACAGACAAUUCCUUCAACCUCAUGGCUUGGUUUUUGCUCUGACAUGCACUGUCAACUGUGGGAUCUUAUAUAGACAGGUGUGUGCCUUUCCAAAUCAUGUCCAAUCAAUUGAAUUUACCACAGGUGUACUCCAAUCAAGUUGUAGAAACAUCUCAAGGAUGAUCAAUGGAAACAGGAUGCACUUGAGCUCAAUUUCGAGUCUAAUAGCAAAGGGUCUGAAUACUUAUGUAAACACGGUAAAUAAGGUAUUUCUGUUUUUUAUUUUUAUAAAUGUGAAAAAAAUAAACGUUUUUUUCUCCCACUUUGUCAUUAUGGGGUAUUGUGUGUAGAUUGCUGCAUUUUUAUUUAUUUAUUUAAUCUAUUGUAGAAUAAGGCUGUAACGUAACAAAAUGUGAAAAGAGUCCAGGGGUCUGAAUACUUUCCGAAGGCACUGUAUAUAUAAAAAAUGUUGAGUAUCUUAAUUUCUACAAUUCACAAAUAAUAUGCAUGAUCAUGUAGGCAGUUAAUGCGAAAUAUUGUUACCUAUAAACAGUAUUGCCAUUACAAAGAUUACAUUUUUGCCAAUCAAUUAUUAUUUUAGCAAACAUUUAUUGUGAUUCAUCCUAUAUUGUCCCUAACACCAUAACCCCAUAGCAACAGAUGUGGGAUACACACACACAUACUCAUACACCCUCGACCCCUCUCCCCCACAAAACAAACACAAGCUCAGAUGUUCAACAGUUGUUCCAUCCCCGAGCCCAACUCAAGAAAGGACUUGAUGUGCGAAUGCAUAUACAGUUGCAGCUGUUCGAGAAGGCAUGCAAAAUGUAUCAGAAAAAUGGGCACAAAUUUGGAAAUUUGAUUAACCAAUGUCAAGUCCUAGCUGUUGGAGAUCAGGUACACCCCCUUCCCCUGAAACACACACACGCUGGUCCCCCGUUGUGACCAAUUUCCCAAGCAUCUCUGUGCAGUCAGACCUUUGAUCAUUCCGUGACACCAGGGCCACAGUAAUUUGCCUCCUCUCUGAUUGUCUGAGUGUGACCCCCUCCCCAUGGGUUACUGUAGCUAGUGUUGCCAGCACUGCCACUACCUGUGUAGGGGCACCCCACCGGAAUCCCCACCGGCUAGGUACAAGGUCAUCAAGGUUCUCAUUAGCAGCAGAAAUUCUUUGUAUAUUAUGCUCACCUAUCAGGGGGCUUUGGCUUUGUAGGACCAACCCUGCCAGGCAGGCUCAGAAUCUUGGGGGGGGGGGGGGGCGGUGCUACUUUAGUGGGUCUCUGACCGCAUUUAUGUUUCUGUUUUGGCUGCGUGUAGGCUACUUACAGUAGGCCCAUAAAACAGAUAAGGCCUUCUCCUUAGUGUAUGGGUCGCUCAGAUGGGUGUCUAGGGUAUAGGGUUGGGGACCUUUCCAUCAUGAUAGCACAAUAAAUAACCAAACCAGAUUUAUAAUUUAUUUUAAAAUGUAUAUCCCAUAUCUGCACAAAAAAAGCUCUCUCUCACAACCCCUGCUCGCAGACACACAUGGGCUCUGGUAUUCACAACCAUUUCAAUUUUCACCCAUUUUCACUCACUUUUACAAACACAAAAACACACACCCCACCUUCCAUCACAAUACACCCACACAUACCCACAUACUGUGCUUUCUAUGUCCUCUGUUUGCUGUGUUUUUAUCCCUACCUUGUUGAUUCUGAGUCCUUUUUUUUUAUUUGCAAAAAAUUCAAAAAACCUGUUUUCGCUUUAUCAUUAUGGGGUAUUGUGUGUAGAUUAAUGACAACAUUUAUUUAUUUAAUCAAUUUUAGAAUAAGGCUGUAAUGUAACAAAAUGUUGAAAAAUGGAAGGGGUCUGAAUAUUUUCUGAAUGCACUGUAUCACUUAACUAAUUACUACUAAUUCCGAAUACUUAUCGCAAUAAGCAUGUUGGCAACUGUAACCAUGCUACCAAAUAACAAAUUGUGCAAAGAACCCAUAGUUACCCACCAAAAAUGAUUUAUCACUACUGUAUUGAGAAUGCCCUCAGCGUUGAAAUAGAGGUUAGCUUCUCAAUAGGAAAUAAUUUAGGAAAUGAUUUAGAUACCUGUGAUCUGAGCAUUCACCUUUGACCUUUUCCUAUAUAGGUUUCCUCAUAUCCAGCUGCGUCUCCAGGAGGAAGUGGACAAAGUGGUCGACCGGAGCCAUCUGCCCAUCAUCGAGGACCAGUCGCAGUUGCCUUACGUGAUGGCCUUCCUCUACGAGGUGAUGCGCUUCACCAGCUUCGUGCCGCUCACCAUCCCCCACAGCACCAUCACCGACACCACCAUCAUGGGCUACACCAUCCCCAAGGACACAGUGAUCUUCAUCAACCAGUGGUCCAGCAACCACGACUCCACCAAGUGGACGCACCCGGAGACCUUUGACCCCCUGCGCUUCCUGGACCAGGACGGCUCGCUGAACAAAGACAUGGCCAGCAGCGUGCUCAUCUUCUCCUUGGGAAAGCGGCGGUGCAUCGGAGAGGAACUGUCAAAGAUGCAGCUGUUCCUAUUUACAGCAUUGCUGGUGCACCAGGCCCACUUUAGUCCCGACCCGGACAAGCCGCCCACCAUUGACUACACCUACGGACUGACCCUGAAGCCCAAUAACUUCUCCAUAGCAGUGAGUCUACGGGACAGCAUGGAAGUCCUGGAGAAGGCUAGUCACAAGCCCCUCUAUGGGGCAACUCCAGAUCAAUCAGACUGA